AGACAGUUCUUGCCCACCUUACAGCAAGUCCUAAGCUUUAAUCAUUAAAUAGCACGAUUUUAGCAAGGCUAUAAAUAGAUGUCCUAUUGCUGCUUUUGACUAAAUAUUUUUCUAAACAUACUGUUUCUGGGGACAUUUUUCUAUUUAUAAAUAUUGUUUUGCCUUUGUGAGGAUUAUGCAUUAGGCUUUGCAUUAGUAAUGUGAAAUAUCUUAAAUAAAGGUGUAUUGGAACAAUGGAAUAUACCUGGUAGAAUUUCUGAGUUUUCUCCUGAUAAAGCUGAACUUAGUCUGAUAAGUGGCAGUUAAGUCCUGCCCAGAAGGAAGGGGAGCCCACAUUGGUUUGCUUUCAAGAAGAUCCAUGGAGUAAAGCCCAAUAAAUUCAUGCCAGUUUCAGAACCAAGAACAGGACAAGAAUGGGUUUCCUCUCGGCAGCACAUGCACAAAUUAGGGCGUUGCGGAUGUUUUAUCCUCACAUCUGUCAAAGGGCGUAAAACCCUCAAGAAGAAAAAGGAUGAUGGCUGCUGUCUCAGAGCGCACCUUCAUUGCCAUCAAGCCUGACGGGGUCCAGCGGGGACUGGUGGGAGAGAUCAUCAAGCGGUUCGAGCAGAAGGGAUUCAAACUGGUGGCCAUGAAACUGAUACACGCCUCUGAAGACCUUCUGAGAGAACACUACAUUGAUCUAAAAGACCGUCCGUUCUAUGAUGGGCUGGUGCAGUACAUGCACUCUGGACCUGUUGUAGCUAUGGUGUGGGAAGGUCUUAAUGUGGUUAGAACUGGAAGGGUGAUGCUGGGGGAAACCAAUCCAGUGGAUUCAAAGCCUGGCACUAUUCGUGGUGACCUCUGUGUUCAAGUUGGAAGGAACAUCAUUCAUGGAAGUGAUUCUGUAGAAAGUGCUGAGACAGAGAUCAAUCUGUGGUUCACUCCUGAAGAACUGGUUGAUUACAGAAGCUGUGCUCAUGAAUGGAUCUAUGAGUAGAACUGAGCCUAUACCUUCUGAUAUCCUUACUAUCUGUAAGCAGUUGUAAUCAGUUAUCAGUCCUUCAUAUCAACUAGUAGAAACCUGUUUCAGAAACCUGUGAUUUGCACUGUUGUGAAUAUUACAUAUAAUCAGUGUUUGUUGCUGUUUUGGUUAAAAAGCUAUCAACUUAUGGAUAGGAUUGUAUUUUUAAAAACUUUUUAGCUAGUAUGGGAGUGAGAGAGGUGAGAUUCAAACAUAGAGAAGCAAAACAUUCCUUAUUAAUAAUAUAGAACGUAUAUUUUCCUGAAACACUCCCCAGUCAAAGAGGAGAUUUUGGUAAAUAGAAGCUAAUGCAAAUCUCUCAGUGUUAAAGGUUUGUUUGUUAGAAUGUUAGUGGACAACUAGUGGUAUGUAAAUAUAUUGAUUGUGUGCUCAGAUGUUGAGGGUUGAGCUUGAUACCAAAUCAAGUGAAUCCCCAUGCCUAAAGCAGGUGCAGAAAAUCUAUUUAUUUCUCUUUCCGGAAGGUGCUGUGCCUGUACACAGAGCACGAUCAAAUAAUAACUUUUCUCUACAUUGACAUGGUUUCAUUUUUUUUUUUCUGCACAGGAUUUAUUUAGCAUUUUAAGGAAGGAUUAAUAGGCCAGGCUUUUUGAAAUGCUCUUUUAUGUGAAAAGAAGAUUAAUGUGAGAAUGGAUGAGCGUGAGCCAUUUUCAGUCACUGUACUGUAGCAAUCCUCUAACAUCGCGUAGAGGAACAAUGGAGUGAUGUUUGCUGUACUGACCACAGAGCUGAUAAUUUAGCUCCAUCUGUACUUCUAUAUCCAUACUUCCUUAAUAGCUGGAACUCCAAGGAGCAAGGUGAUUUUGGAUAAGGUAUUUCAGAAGUGACUCCAGCAUUACUUACUUAUUUAUUUAAUCACGUCAACAAAUACAUUCAUAAUAAUGCUAAACCUAUUUCAGCAGAGGUAUCUGCUUCUAUCACAGAAAAGAGCCUCUUGCUGAAAUAUUUUGCCACAAACACUCAAUAGAGGUUUGGGAUGUAGGGACAAAAAGUGAGUUGGAGUCAAUGUGAUGUAUUUAUUUACUUAUAACACUGUAUUCAUUAAAAGCGGGAGUUUUGUGAAACUAGUUGUUCAAACUCCUCUAUUUUUGCCUACAGUGAGUUGUUUCAAAGACUAAACUGCAAUGAAUAUUGAAUUUGAUGCUUAUAAUGUGGUAUGAAGGUACCCGACUCCUAAAACGUGAUGCUCCAAAAUAAAACAUUUGCUGUUUCUUAAGUUAAACAAAA